AUGUCAACAGAUAAUAUUAAGAAACAACCUUUUGAAAUAACACCAGAAAUUUCAGAUAAAGCUGAUAGUUCAAGUUAUCAAGAAGCACAUUUUACAGAAAAUUUACCAAAUGAUGAUAGUUCAAAAUUUCAAAGAUUUAAAAAUUCAUUUAAACGUAUGAAUGAUGAUAUUGAUCCAAAUUUAUCUGAUGCUGAAAAAGCUGAAAUUAUUCAGUAUAGAAAUCAAGGUGAAAAAUUGAAUAAAUCUCUUAAACAACGUCAUAUGUUAUUAAUUGCCAUUGCUACUGGUAUUGGUACAGGUUUAUUAGUUGGUGCUGGUUCAUCUUUAGCAAAAGGUGGUCCUGCCGGUUUAAUCAUUGGUACUAUCAUUAUUGGUAGUAUGUUGGUUAAUGUUAUGGAAGCUGCUGGUGAAUUAGCUUUAACUUAUGGUGAUUUAACUGGUGGGUUUAAUGCUUAUACAUCAUUUUUAGUUGAUGAUUCAUUUUGUUUUGCUGUUUCUUGGAAUUAUUGUAUUCAAUGGUUAUGUGUUAUGCCAUUAGAAUUGGUUACUGCUUCAAUGACUAUUAAAUAUUGGACAACAAGUGUUAAUCCUGAUGUUUUCGUUGCAAUUUUUUAUGUAUUAAUUGUUGUUAUUAAUUUAAUUGGUUCUUCAGGUUAUGGUGAAGCUGAAUUUUUAUUCAAUUGUGCUAAAGUUUUAAUGUUGAUUGGUUUUACAAUCUUGUCAAUUAUAAUUUCUGUCGGUGGUGCUGGUGAUAAAGGUUAUAUUGGUGCUCAUUACUGGCAUAAUCCUGGUGCUUUUGCCAAUUCUUUCAAAGGUGUUUGUGCAGUUUUCAUCAAUAUGGCUUUUGCUUUUGGUUGUACUGAAGCUAAUGCAUUUAUGAGUUCUGAAGCUAAAAAUCCAAGACGUGCUAUUCCAUCUGCAUCAAAACAAGUUGUUUAUAAAGUUGUUUUCAUGUUUAUUAUUCCAAUUUUCUUGAUUGGUUUAUUAGUUCCAUAUAAUUCUGAUGAAUUAUUAGGUUCAAGUGGCUCUAAAACUCAUUCUUCACCAUUUGUUAUUGCUGUUUCUUCAGUUCCAGUUGUUCCACAUUUCGUUAACGCAGUUAUCUUAAUUGCUGUUUUAUCUGUUGGUAACUCUGCAUUCUUUAUUGCUUCACGUACUUUACAAUCAUUAGCUGAACAAGGUUUUGCACCAAAAUAUUUCAAUUAUAUUGAUAGAUCAGGUAGACCAUUAAGAGCUUUAGUUUUCACUGCUAUUAUUGGUUUAUUCUCAUUCAUUGCAGCUUAUGAUAAGCAAGAAACCGUUUUCACUUGGUUAUUAUCCCUUUCUGGUUUAUCUCAAAUCUUUACAUGGUCAGGUAUUUGUUUAUCUCAUAUUCGUUUAAGAAAAGCAUUCCAAGUUCAAGGUUAUUCAACUAAUGAAUUAGGUUAUAAAUCUAAAACUGGUGUUUUGGGUUCAUGGUAUGGGCUCAUUAUUAAUGUUUUAGUUUUAAUUGCUCAAUUCUGGAUUGCCUUAUGGCCAAUUGGUGGUGAUGGUAAAGCUGAUGCUAAUGCUUUCUUCCAAAAUUAUCUUGGUGCAGUUGUUUGUCUUGUUAUGUAUGUUGGACAUAAAUUAUAUUCAAGAAAUUGGAGAUUUUGGAUACCUGCUGAUCAAAUUGAUUUAAGAAAAGGUAGAAAAAUCUUUGACGCUGAUGUUCUUGCUCAAGAAGAUGCUGAAGAAGCUGAACAAAUUAGAAAUUCACCAUUCUAUGUUAGAAUCUUUCCUGAUGAUGGUAUUUCAGAAAUAAGUGAAUUGUUUAAUGAAUUUAGCGGUACACUAAAGGGUUUCAAAGACCAUUAUCCAUCCAGUCUUCUACAUUCUAAUAUUGACACAUUAAGAAGUGGAAAGCUAUGUAAAGUAUUAUCAAAUUAUCCAGCUAAUAGUCGCCAUAAUAGAAGAUCUACAAUUGCUAGAAGAAUCGUUGGGAAAGCAGUCGAAGGAUUUAGUAUUUCUUCUUCAAUUGAUAAAGUGGUGUUCAAGUUUACGGGAUUGUUUGAUUUAAUGCCUUAUGAGAAAUAUUCAGCUUGGUUCUUCUUUAAACGCUCAGAGGUAUUGAUUUCACAGAUGCUAGCUCGAAUCAGAAUUCAAAUUAGACACAUUAAUUGGAAAACAAGAAUUCAUGUGAUGUAUCCGUUAAGAUAUUCUACGAAUUUAGUUUAUGAAACCAUUAUCAAAAAACUAUCACCAAGAUUCAAUAACUUGAUUAUGUGUUUUAAGAGCUUUGUUCCAUCAAAAUCAAAGUAUAGGCUUUAUAGUCUUGGAGAUAAAUCAUCAUUAUUAGGGCCUUUCCCCAUGGAAAUAUGGAUCAUGAUACUUGAACAAGCAGAAAUUGAUCAAGACAGAGGUUCUAAAAUGAUAUAUAAUAGUCUUUGGAUUGAUCUUAUAGCACCUUAUGUUUAUACCAAUAUCCAUUGUUUCCUUUCUAUUAGGAAUAUAUCUGAAUUAAAAAUUGAUGAUUAUGAUUUCGUAUACAAUGGUCCAAAUUUGUUUGAUUAUGGAUAUAGUGAUUUCAAUAAGUUUUCAAGAUUGAAAAAUUCUAAUGAUUAUGAAUAUGAAAUUUUGGAUUUGUAUCCAUCUUCAAAGAAAAGAUUAGAUGCCUUGAAGAAUACAAAAUCUUUGGUGGACCAAUCUUCUAUCUCAGUGGUUACAACUCAUAAGUCUCUCUUGAAAUUGGUACGAACAUUAAAAAACAAAAACAGUAUAAUGAGGAAAUACAUUAAGAACAUAUCAUUAGAUGUAUUUGCUUCCAAUGAUUGGUUGUCAAGAAAUGACGCAUCACAGAUCAAAGAGAACUUUUGUAGAACAAUGAAAGAUAGAAUUGAGGAUCAAGUGAAUAUAUCACAGCAUGAAUUAGAUGGACCAAAGAUUCCUCUAAUCCAUAUGAAUGAAUUUGAUCAUUUAGUAAGUAGAAAAUACUGUUAUGAUUCGAGCUGCAAAAAUAUGGGGGAAUUACAACAUUUGUUCAACGACUCAAUGAAUGAAGAAACGCUUGCAAAUUUGAGAAUGUUAGGAGUCGUACCAUUGAGAUUAUUUGAAAAAAGCCAUUACACAACACAGCUUUGCUUUAUGAAUAAGAUCAUAGACUGUUUCAUCUCUGGAGAACGUCAAAAGAUGAGAAAGGUUGAAGAAGUUAAUGCAAAUGAAGUAAAUUUAUUUUUCAAUAAGCGUACGACACUUUCUCCUGGCAUUCCUUUACAUAAAGAUCCAAAUCAUGAACUUGAUCUAUCAUUGGCCGCCAGCAGCUAUAUACAAAGUAAAUGUGAGUUAGCUAGAUUUGUUGAUGAUGUUGUCUAUUCUUUCUUGAGCUGUGAAGGUGUCAAUGCUUCAGUGAAUAUACUAGGCGCUUCAUUGGAGUCCCCAAUUUACUGUAACAGAAGGUUAUGGUCCGUUUAUCCAAACAUCCAGUUAAUAACUCUUAAUAAAAACUUGGGAUAUUGA